UAUGCCGGCAUUAAGAUGAGACGUAGUAUUCACAUAGCGACCACGCCCACAAAAAGACAGCUACUCCAGCUGCCCACGCUGCUUCUGCUCCUCGCGUGCAGCGUCAGGAUUGAUGCCCAAUGUCCCUGGCAGCGAGAUGUGCCCGAUUUGCAGACGAGCUGCAUCUGUGCCUACAAUCUGGGACGAGAGCUGAGCGUGCAAUGUGAUCAGGUGGAGUUCUCUCAGUUGCUGGAGGCAAUGAAUAAAUAUGCUCGACUGAAACCCGUGGAUUUGCUUUAUGUGAACAAUGCAACGAUUGAGGAGCUCGCGGAUGAUGUCUUUAGCAAUCUGAGUUUGCACAAUGUCCAGCUCUCGAGUUGUGGCAUCAAGCGUAUCGCAAGUGGUGCGUUUAAGGGUCAGGAGUCGGUGCUGAAGAAUCUCAAUCUGCAGGAUAAUCUAUUGGAGGAGGUGCCUGUGGAGGCACUCAAAGUGCUGGGCAAGCUCAAUCUGCUCGACUUGUCACGCAAUCAGCUAUCUCUCAUACCCGACGAUGCCUUCGCCGGCCUCAACAAGUUGUCCACCCUCAAGUUGAACGAUAACAAUGUAACUCUGGCCACAAAUGCCUUUCGUGGCCUCGAACUAAACCUUAAGAAUCUGAAUUUGAAGGGAACGCGACAGCGUCGAGUGCCCGAGUGUAUACGGGGUCUCAAGAGUCUGGCAUUUUUGGAUCUAUCUCAGAAUGGCAUCAAGGAGCUGCCGGGUGCGGCGGGAAUACGGGUCUUUGAUGGCCUCGACGCCCUCACAGCUCUCAACAUGGAAAGGAAUCUUAUACAGAGUAUCGCAGAGACGGCAUUCGCCGGAGUCCGCAAGACAUUGAGUUCAUUGAGCUUACUCAACAAUUUGCUCUCGGAGUUUCCCAUCGGCGCUGUGCAUUCGCUGAAGGAGCUGCGUGUCCUGGACAUUGGCUUCAAUCUGCUGACCACAUUGCCGGAGGCUGCAUUCCGUGGCAAUCCAAGCAUCACGUUGCUCGCCCUCGAUGGCAAUCCACUGAGCACGGUGCCCGAGGGAGCGUUUGCACAUUUGAAUGCCACGUUACGGGGCCUUUCUCUUGGAGGUCGCUUUCUCCAUUGCGACUGCAAGUUGCGCUGGGUUGCCGAAUGGAUACGCAAUGGCGAUUUGCAGGUCACCUCUCGCGAGCGUAAUCCUCAGUUUUGUGGCACUCCUCCCCGUUUUCGUGAUCGAGGAUUCUACUCCAUUCAGCCGGAGGAGUUGAAUUGUCCUGAAAUUGCUGAUGCCGCCCUACGUGGUCCCGUUGGCCUGGCCGACAAUCUGAAGCCCACUUUUCCAUCGUUCCCGGACUCGGUUGAAUUUGAAGCUGGUUCGGCAACGGGAACCGGAACCGGAACGGGAACGGGAACUGCUGCCUCGGCGCCUGUUGUCACCAGCGUGAGCAGCACGACACCGACAACUACAACAACAUUGUCAACGACUACAACAACAACAACUGCAGCCCCAACAACUAGCUCCAGUUCCAGUUCCAGCACAGCGGCCAGCACGACUCCCCGUCCAGCCACAACGACCGCAACUAAGUCUAUCAAAACAGCAGCUGCAUUGCCAACGGCGGGCAUCAAUGGCACUGGGAGUGUUCAAGCCACGGCCAUAACAUCCACAAGCAGCUCCAGCUCCUCUUCUUCCUCCUCGUCCGCCUCCUCGACGUUGCAUACGAAUGGUAAACAGGCUCCAGGCUGGCGUCAGGGUGCUGGCAAUGCCAACGGCAGUCAACACAAGCCGCAACGUCCGCCGCUGGUUCUUGGCUAUCCACCGCAACGUGGCACACGCAUCGAUGACACCAACGAGGUGCAGGUGAAACAUGCCUUCCGUCAGGACAGCUCUGUCAUCAUACAAUGGGAUUCGGAAACGGCCAACAUACUUGGAUUCCGUGUGGUUUAUCGGCUCUUUGGGGAGAAGGCCUUUAAACAGGGUCCUCCACUGGAGUCCAGUGAGCGUGAGUUUAAGAUUAAGAAUGUGCCAGCACAGGAGUGCAUCAUUGUGUGUGUGAUAUCGCUGGAGGAGCUGCAUGUGACACCAGAGACGGUGCCUUAUCAACAAUGUCGUGAGGUGCGCACGGUUUCCUCGCAGACCUCCAACAUGGAUAAGAUAACGAUAGCGGCAAGUGCGGCCAUUUGUGGCACCAUCAUUGUGGCCGUGAUUGUCUUCAUUGCGGCAAGCAGACGCUCGCGUAAACUGCAAAAUAACCAGCAAAAGAGUCCACUGCCAAUUGGAGGUCUGCCCGUUAAUUGUUGCGGUCCAACCGGUUCGCCAGGACCACUUGGCUCCAUUGCCACGCUAUCGGCCUUUAACAAUCACAAGGAAUGGGAUCAAGUGUCGGCGUACAGUGGACGCUCUAUACCGCGACCACGCAUUUAUCCAGUCGAACAGCCCGAUGAUAUGCGCAGUCAUUUCUCUGGCAUGCCCGGCAAGGUGGCCAAAUCGAGAUCCAUAGCCGAUGGGCAAUCGCAGCACAGUUUUUCGAAUAAUUCACAUCGCGGCUAUUUGGGCAGCGCCUUUCCCACAAAUCUGGUCAACUCCCGCCCAGAACUGCGUCAAUCCCGUCAAUCCCUGGCCGCUGCCUCCGAGCGCAUGUCGCGUGCCUCCUACGCCGGCUCCAUCCACAAUGGAGCUGGAGGCGGCGGUGGCAUGGGCGUCAAUGUCGGUGGUGGCAUGAUGGUCGGCGGCGGCGGUGGCCCUGGCAGUUUGAUGGGCAUGGCGGGCUUGGUCGGCCCUGGGGGACCCGCCAGUAUUGCAUCCAGCAAUGCAAGACGCUCACGACCGCGUUCCAGAUCACGCGAUCAACUGAAUACCACGCACAUACAUAACCAUCGACCGGGAAGUCGAUAUUCGACUGCGGGUUCAACGCACACGUUGAACAAUUAUUGCGAUACAUCGGACAAUUGGACCGAUCAUGAUAUGGACAUAUAUAUGGCGCGCAAUCCAACAACGCGCAACGGUUUGGUGCCAUUAUGAGGGCGACUUAUGUUAUCCUGAUAUU